AUGUACCAGAUUGUAAGACUGGGAAAGAAAGCUCUUAGACCAACAUUAAAUUCUGACUUGAACAUAUUCUGUCAGCAUAUUUCCACCAAAUAUCCAGAUACUGUGCGGAAUGACUCACGUAUGCUGUCUACAAGUCAAAGAUUAUCUGUUGAAGUGAGACUACAAUCAGAUGUGGACAAAGCUUAUAAUGUCCUUGAAUUGGAUCCAAAUUGUGAUCUAGUAAAAGUUCGAGAGAAAUAUGUUGAUCUGGUAAAGAAAUACAGGAAAGAUAAAUCAUUGGAUACAAAGAAAUUUACUCAAGUUCAAGAGGCUUAUAAAUAUAUUUUGGAGAGUAGAAGAAGUGAAAUGAUAGUAGAAGAUUCUAAAGUAAAGGAUAAAGACAAUAAUAAGAAAGAUAGAGAUGAAUGGAGAGAGGCUGUAGAACAAGAAUAUAGACUACAGAAACUAGCUCUACAAUCUGAUACUGAUAUAAUUAGACAAGAUAGAAGAUUAUCCAACAGAUCAACUAAUAUGAGUAGUGGUUGUAUUGAAAGAAUGGUAGAAGAUAUGGUACAACAGUCAAUGAGAAAUGGUGAUUUUGAUAAUUUGAUUGGUAGUGGUAAACCUAUAGACUAUGAUAACAGAAAUCCAUUAGUUGAUACUUCAACAUAUAAUCUAAAUAAAAUACUAAUAAAUAAUGGUUUUACUCCAGAAUGGAUUACAUUACAUGCUGAAAUAAGACGAGACAUUGCACUGGCCCGACAGAAAACAGCAGUUUUACAAUACAAAAUAAUGAAAGACAAUAUUGGGCAUUGUUUAUGGGAGAAACAAGUCGAAGAAUUCUCCAAAAAUAUUAGAGAAAUCAACAGACUGGUUGAGAAAUACAACAACGAUGUUCCAUUUCUCGAGAAGCAAUUAGCCCCCUUCAGACCUGAGCGAGAAUUAGAAAAGACCAUUGAGAAAUUGGAGAAUUAUUUGCCAGAAGAUUCUGCUGAGCGUGAUAAACUUUAUGAGAUGUAUUUUGUUCCUUCACAACCAAAACACUAUACACAAUAUGACGAUGUCAACUUACACUGGAGAGAUGUUUGGAAAGAUAUAAAAUCAUUCUUUUAA